CAUACAUUUUAACAACAUUCACAAUGUUUCAAUAGAAUAUUAUUGACCAGCUAUAAACUUUACGCUGUUGAGUCGACUGUACGCCCUUACUAAUGAUUUCGUCGUUUUGUCAAUUUUAUUUCAAAAUUUUAUACGUUUGCUGUUUACUUCCACUCGAACACCAAGUGUGUGCAACUCAGUAAUUUUACACUAUCCCUGUUAUAAUUUAUUUUUAAUCUGUUCUUAUUAUUUGUGGUUACACACAUAUUUCCACUACCGUUAACACGUGUCCUUUGCCGUCGUCGAUGGGUAGGUCGCUGCAAUUCAUCAUUAGUUUCAACACUCAGUACGCAGCCCACAAGCCGACAGAUUGGAUGUGUUUCGUGUCCUAGAGAAUAUGUUUGAAAUAGGUUCAUUCAUUAGCAAGGGUUAAAUAGUUAUUUACUUUGACAUGCGCUAACGACAGAAGUGUUCUCUAAUAUUUGUGAAAAGCUAUCAGUUUUUAAUAAAACUUUGACAUGUGUAAUUAAUUACCAGUAACAAGGAACAUAAAUCUUUUGAAGAAUGAAAUCAGUUUGAUUAACAGUGUAAAGCGUUGGUAAUAUCUAAAGGUGUCGAAAUAAACGUGUCAAGUGGUGGUUGAAACUAUGAAAAAAUAUUCUUUAUUCAACAAGAACAAAAUUGUUUCAUGAGUUAUAUGAACCACAUUCGGCCAUCAAUCGUAAGGAUAAACCUGUGAGUCCUACUAGAAAAGAAAAUCACAUACAUUAUUUAUUCACGAUCGAACAAAAUCGAUAACGUUGCUGCUCAGGACCUUUCUUUAGGACCACCUGCUGUGCCUGUAACGGACAACAUUGAUGAUGCGUGUUAUCAUCAUGAAAACAUGGGGUCCGUUCACGAAGGCAUACACGGCACAGUGGAACCCAUCAAAACAAAACAUUGUGGUACACAGUUAAAAGAUGCGUGGCAAUCGCGUGUUGACAAUUCUACACACCAUCAGUUCGUUCCAUUGGUAUGCGUAGCCCUUUCCGUAUUGGUGUCACUAUUACAGGACUGACCAUCCUUAGGAGCAAGCUACUUUCUACCGAUCCGGUGAAUGUGGCCUUUUUCGAUUUUUCCCGGUGACGAAAGCACGUGUCGUCAGUUACGGCUAGCGAGCGCGGUUGGCCGAUAUGGCAAUAUUGAUUCUAAAUCAGCGACUGGAACGGUUCCGGAGAAAGUUGUUGGAGAACGAGGGAGAUCCAUUACGACACAGAGUAAUGUUUCCGUGCCGACAUGCAACCCAACACAUUUAUGGAACCACAACGAACAAGAGUAUCCUCAGUUGGAUGACGGUGGUCAAGCUAGACGAACGGCAUUGUUCGUGAAGUGUUCCAAAUGCAUUCUGGAUCAUCGAAAGGGGCUUAUCAUUGGCUUCAGAAUCGCAAGUGUUAAUGAAAUCCACAACAUACCGCCACUAUAUUUAUGUACUAUAUAAUGUGCCAAUUGUGUAUUGCAACUGUGAAGAAGAAUGUGUAUUUACGAAUGUUUUAGUUGAUUUGAAUGUUAUUUAAAUAAGCUAAAUAUUAGUUUCAACCUAAUGAACGAACAAACUAAAAGUCAAGUCAAUGCAAUUUUUCUAUGCGUGGGAUUCGAAAAAAAUCAUAAAAAUCAAGCAAAACAUCAUGACGUGCACUAACAAAAGAAAUUGCAGAUUACCGUUCAUCGAUCGAUACAUGGUAAAUGUUUUAUGAAGUAAAUGCAUUUGCUCCGCCCCGAUGCGUGAAUAACGAGGGCAAAUAGAUGUGAUUGGAAAGAAAAGUAAAAGCAAGUUGUAUGUGCAGUGUAUCGCCAGUGUGAUAAGCCGUUUUUCCAGAUCAGUUUUCUGUUAAUCAUUUCGUACAGUGGAAACGAGUGUCAUCAUAGCUGCACGCAAUCAAUCGCAUGCAGCUAGAAUAGUAAAAGAAGUGAAAAACAACAAUUUAUUGAGACUGCUAUUUCUGCGAUGCACGAACUAAGAUCACACAGCUGUAGGAAUUCCCGUGCUUUAAGUUACAACUUUAAGAAAACUACAGUCGAAUGUAACGAAACGUCAUACAUAAGACAACAUUUUAGUUGUUCCAGUUGUCAUGUAGCUAUAGAAUCAAGUAUAGACAAACAACAAACCUGCAGAUGUACCGAUAAUCAAACGAGCUAUGAUACACAAAAUGGUUUACCUUUGCACGUGCGUAACUCAGUCUUAGAUUCCACGCGAAGAGGAUCGCUUCCUUUAUACCACUGUCAGACAACUAAUCAUAUGGCUACUACAAACAAUGAAGAGGCCACCGACGGUUUUAAUCAUUUUGCUGUAACUGUUGAUAAUAGUGAUAGCUUUGAAGUGUUAAUGCCAAACUGUGUUGAGCAGAAAAAAGAACAUCCGUCCCGUGAAACCACCGUAGCGGAACAGCAAACGAGAGGCCCACGUACUGUACAUUCCAGUCCUGUGGGAAACACUCGCUAUCGGCGAUACAGCCAGGACUCGUGCGUCCCGGCCUUCGAACGAUUAUCCGUUGCAAGAUACGCCAAAAAUGCUACGCUUAGCGAUAGCUGCCACAAUAUUAGGCAGAUGUCCCAACAACAUCAUGCAUCCAUGCGACAUAGCACGGACAAUUUAAGAUCUAUUAAUAACCACCAGGGCUCCAUUACCACAGGACUUCUACACAAACGCGAAGGGAGUGAAAUGGCAGCGGUUGGUACUGGAACCGGUGUAGGUUCUGAUCUGACCAAUCACGGAAAGACAAAAUAUUUCAUGCAUCGCAUGACUGCCCAAGACUUGGGAAGCGGUCUUGAACCGUCUUCCUCUCAGGACAGUACAGCCUCGCCGAGCUCGACAAUUCCACCGAAGUCGCUUGAAGUUGUAGUAGAAGCUGACCCUGCCACCAUCAACGGGUAUGGGGGAAUGGUCAACGGAGGUGUAUCGUCUGCCAGUCCGAAAGAUAAAACCUUCAUUGAUAAAUUACCUCCCUUGGAAGACAUUAUGGAAAGCCCCUUGCUUAAGACACCGGUCGAGAAGUGGCUCCAGACCGAGGAUCGACUGUCCCGUGAGGAGGUCGCUCCACCAUAUGGUACAGAGGAGCACAGUCGUAGUCCCGAUCUUUACAGCAAUCUAUUUGGUCCAAAAAUAAAUGCCAGUGAAAACAUACCUGGUACCCCGAUGGAUACGCCAGACAUUGUAUCAGAAUUCAAUAAAAGUUUUAACUCCAGCACAACGAGCAUCAUCAACGAGCGACGACGAUCGUCCUCCAAGCUGCUCGGGCUGACCAGUGACCGUGAUCCAACCUCAGUGGGUGGAAUAGGAACGGGAACGCACAGCUCCUUAAGCGAUCAACCGACUGGUGGAACCACUCAAGGUGGCCAAGGUUUCGGUGGAACGAGCGUGGAUAAAAAUAGUUCCCUUGGAAAAGGAAGCCUACGAAAUCUGCUCAAGUUACGCAAGGCUUCCGACCAGUCACAAGAUACGCGCCGCUCCAGUCAGCAGGAUAAAGAGGGACUGGAUCCCGAGUCUCUUAUGUUCCGUGAUGGACGGCGAAAGAUUGACAUGGUACUGUGCUACGAGGAAGAUGAUCAAGGUGUUAUGACCGAGUUGGAAGCUCUGAAACGACACCAGCGCAAACUGUUUCAGGAAAAUCUCAUCCGCGAGGGGUUGGAAUUCGAGGUGGAGGACAAAGCACAAGCCUUCGAUGGCAAAACAUACUUUGUCAAAAUUCACAUACCCUGGCGUACGGAAUCCCGUUAUGCAGAGGUGAUGAAUUUAAAGCUACCUGUAAAAAGAUUUAUUACAAUCAGCGUAAAGGAAGAGGAAACUGCACUUCGCCGCCAACAAAAUAAAAUUCUAAACUACUGGAACAGGUUCAUGUCUAUGACCGAGUACAACCACGAACGUAUCGAGAAGGAGCCUUCCUUUUACUCUGCAACGGCCAACGGAAACCCGGAGGAACAGUUCAUCGUGAAGGAUCGUUGCACAUCCUAUACCAGCGCUCAGCGCAGUCUGAUAGUUAUGCAAAUCCUGAUGAGAACAAGGUUUGACGAAACGGAGAAAGUAAACAAUGUUGGCAUUCGUCGGCUGCUGAACGAUGGUACCUACCUCGCCUGUUUCCCUUUGCACGAGGGUCGCUAUGAUAAAGACCAUUCGUCCGGUGCGCUAUUCGAUCGACGGCUUCUUUACCUCGAAUGGGCAAGACCGAUCAAGUGGUACAAGAAACAGCCCCUUUGCCUUGUGCGAAAAUAUUUCGGCGACAAAAUUGCCCUCUAUUUCAGCUGGCUCGGUUUCUACACCAAAAUGCUAUACGCACCGGCCAUAGUUGGGCUGUUCUGUUUUCUGUACGGUCUUGCCACGAUGGACUCUAGUGAUAACAUUCCAACAAAAGAGAUAUGCGACGAAAACGGACCGGGAAAAACCAUGUUAUGCCCGUUGUGCGAUCGAGCAUGCAGCUAUCAGCAGCUUCAUGAGUCUUGCUUUUUCGCACAGCUCACCUAUCUCUUUGACAAUCCGUCCACCGUGUUCUUUGCGAUCUUCAUGUCGUUUUGGGCAACCACUUUUCUGGAGUUGUGGAAGCGAAAGCAAUCAGUGUUGGUGUGGGAGUGGGAUCUUCAGAAUAUUGAAAAUGAGGAAGAUAUGCGACCAGAGUUUGAGACUACCGUCAAGACGUUUCGCAUAAAUCCGGUCACCCGAGAAAAAGAACCUUACAUGCCGACGUGGACCCGAGCAGUCCGCUUUGUAGCUACAUCUAGUGCUGUUUUGUUCAUGAUUUCGGUAGUUCUUGGAGCUGUUCUUGGAACCAUCAUUUACAGAAUUUCGCUCGUUUCGGUCAUCUACAGCGGUGGGGGAUCAUUUUUUCGAACGCAUGCCAAACUGUUUACUACCAUGACUGCGGCGUUAAUCAAUCUUAUCAUCAUCAUGUUGCUCACACGUAUAUACCAUAAAUUAGCCCUGUAUCUAACCAAUAUGGAAAAUCCGCGCACUCAAACAGAAUAUGAAGACUCCUAUACGGUGAAAAUAUUCGUGUUUGAGUUCAUGAACUUCUACAGUUCAUUGAUCUAUAUAGCAUUCUUCAAGGGGCGCUUCUAUGACUAUCCCGGCGAUGAUGUGGCCAGAAAAAGUGAAUUUCUUCGGCUGAAGGGCGAUAUUUGUGAUCCAGCUGGAUGUCUCAGUGAGCUUUGUAUUCAGCUAGCUAUAAUUAUGGUCGGCAAACAGUGCUGGAACAACUUUAUGGAAUAUUUUUUCCCUGCCUUUUACAAUUGGUGGCGUCGGCGAAAGCACAAGCAGCUUACAAAGGAUGAAACCCAUUUGCACAUGGCAUGGGAACAGGACUAUCAUUUGCAAGAUCCAGGAAAAUUAGCUUUGUUUGACGAGUAUUUGGAAAUGAUCGUUCAAUACGGAUUUGUUACACUUUUCGUAGCUGCUUUUCCAUUGGCGCCCUUAUUUGCACUACUUAACAAUAUUGCUGAAAUUAGGCUAGACGCAUACAAAAUGGUAACACAAUCCCGGCGCCCACUCGCAGAGCGCGUCGAAGACAUUGGGGCUUGGUAUGGUAUAUUGAAAAUAAUAACGUAUACAGCUGUCGUGUCAAAUGCAUUUGUUAUUGCUUACACUAGUGACUUUAUCCCACGAAUGGUCUAUAAGUACGUGUACUCACCACAAUUUUCGUUGCAUGGAUAUAUUGAGCACUCGCUUUCAACAUUCAAUACCUCCGACUACAAAGAGGAAUGGGGUACUAAGACGGAGUCGGACCCGGACACUUGCCAAUAUAGAGGGUAUCGUAAUGGGCCAGAUGCUGACGAGCAGUACGGGCUUAGUCCACACUACUGGCACGUGUUUGCAGCGCGUUUGGCGUUCGUUGUUAUAUUUGAGCAUAUUGUAUUCGUUCUAACUGGUAUUAUGCAAUUCAUCAUACCGGAUAUACCAAUCGAAGUAAAGACACAAAUCCAACGUGAACAACUCCUUGCGAAAGAAGCCAAAUAUCAGCACGGAUUGAAGAAAUCUCGUGAAACCGAUUAUGAAGAAAUUCUACAUACACUUCGCGAACAAAGUAAUAACAGCAGACAAGGAAUGCGGGGCAGCUGGGCACGCCGUCUAAGCAGACUCAGCGAUGGACUUGACGCUCAUGUUGAAGUUCCCAACCGGCCAAGGCACUCAUUAGAAUCGACUGUUUGGGAAGUUACCUAGCAUUAGCUGCUGCCCCUGUUCGUCUGACUCAGGCAGAUUGACGAAUGGAUGACAUGAUAAUGAGAAACGCACUUUAGUUGCAAGAUAAAAGUUUUCAACACUACUUACACGUAAAUCAACACUAUUUACACUGAAUCAAUCAAUACGUAAAUCGUAUCACGUAGUAGUACGAAACGAUUACAUUAAAAACAAAUGAAUUCAUUUGGCGAUUUUUUGUGCAACAAUUCAUAGAUUUUAUAGGUAAAA